UCUGCAGCCGUGAGUGGGCGGGAAGAUGGCGGCCGGGGCGGUGCUUGCGCAGCCGUGAGGAGGGCGGUAGCGGUGGCUGGUGCUUUCCUAUCGGCGUUGCUGGGUGCGGCUCGCUGCGGGGCCGAGCGGAGCGGCAGCCCUCCCGCCGCCGCCAUGAGGAGCGAGCCGGCGGCGGUGCUGAGCGGGGCGGCGGAGCUGCUGCGCAGCAGCGAGCCCCUCGCUGGGCCGCCGGUGUCGGCCCAGGCGGCCUCGCUGCUGGAGGAGGCGACGGACCUGCUGGUGCUGCACCGCGACUUCGCCGCCGCCGUGGAGCGGUGCGAGGCGGGCUGUGACAGCCUGGGCCCCGCCGAGGCCGAGGCUGGGAGCUCUGCGGAAGUGAGAUGCUCCCUCUGUGUUGUGGGGAUUCAGGCCAUGGCAGAGCUGAACCGGUGGCGGGAAGUUCUGUCUUGGGUCCUGCAGUACUAUCAUGUCCCUGAGCAUCUGCCGCCAAAAGUCCUGGAGCUAUGUAUCCUGUUAUAUAGCAGAGUGAGAGAGCCCCAGGUCAUGCUGGAGGUUGGCAGUAGCUGGCUGAGAGACAUAACCAAUAAGAGCCUCCCUGAGUAUGGUUCGUUGCUGGAGCUCUAUGUGUUGCGUGUUUUGCUUCCCCUCGGCCAGUUUGAGGGGGCAGAAGAGCUUGUACGGGGCUGCGAUGUUUUUGACAGUGCGCAACAGCUAGCGCUUCUCAAGACCAUUUGUGAAAGCAAAUGUCAGUGGACUCAACAGGAAGAGAUGCACUCAGCUGCUGAAGAGCAGCAGGACACCACAAGAGAGUGUGUUUUGGGUGCUCUGUCCCAAAAGCUCUUGACCACGUUCACAUUGCUCCGUAGAGCACUGAGGUCCGUGUCAAGCCACCUCUAUUUAAUUCCUUACAAAAAGAUGCUCUUGGCUGCUUUUGUGCUGUAUCUGGUGGUGGUAAGAUUAGACCCAGUUUCUCCCACGUCACUACCGUUUCUUUACAGACUGGUCCAGCUCUUCCGACAGGCUUGGGCAGCUGUGUUUUCUCCAAUUCGCAGGCCUCCAGUUCAAGACUAAGUAGCUACCCCUGCAGAACACAUUUUUUUUAUGCUGCUGCAAAAGUGUCAGUUUGUCUUGAGGAUUUCAUUAGGCUCUUCAAGGACUGUUGAGAUCAGUGUCCCAGUUGAGAUGGCCACCUGUGAACUCCUGUGUGAUGAUGUCUUCCUUUCUUCAGACAGGGAACUGUGUUGCAUGAAUUUUGAAACCAUGCCAAGUAUUCCCCACCCACACAUGCUUCCCUUGGCUCUGCAACAUCGUUCUGUCAAAUAGGUGGUUAAAGCUACUCCCUAACCUACAACUGAGUAAGAAUCCUUCUAAAAUAGCUUGCUUUGGAUAUACCUCCUCAGUGAUGGUUGUGUAGCUAGUUGUGAGCUAGGCUCACUGAGAUGUUUUGCAAGGAUGGAGCCUUCUUCCAAAUGCUGGGCAGUUCUCUGAACAAGGGAAGCAGCGUUCUUGGAGGCAGGACCGUAAAAGACAAUGAAGUACCAGGUAAUUAGGGGAAUAUACUGUUUUGCCUGAAGACAUCAGAAAAGCCCGGUUCCUGCAGCAUGGGAUUUAGGACACGCAUGUGGAAAUAAAACAGAAAAUGGAACCUGUUGCCUUUUGAAAGUCACGGUUUCUCUUGACUGAUGCCUCCUCAUAUAGGCAUUCUUGAUUUUAUCAUAUCUAAGCCAGAAAAUGAAGGUGGUGGGACACCAAGACUGUUGUCCUGCACCUGCUGUUCCUAAAUGCAAACUACAGCACUUUGUGCUAUCCUGAUGCAUAAAAAUUCUUGGGAGCAUGUGGUGGCAAGGAAAUAAAUCUAUUUUUUUUAAACUAUAUUCCAUAUUAUUGUCUAGACUCUGCCUAAAAUCUAAAAUAUGGCUUUAGUAAACAACAGAAGUUGUUGCAUUGUUUUACUGUGUUUCCCUAUGUUUUGCUAUGUUUAUUUAGAUGUCAGAAAGCCUCCAUAUGUCUAGAAUACUGCCCCCACCAUACCUAAAGUCUUGGUUUAGAUGAAAGCCAUUUAUCAAUGUUACUGUCAUUCAGAGGAAAAGUUUAUUUGUAGGUAGAAAGAUAUAUUUCCCAAAGCUGUGGCAGGAAAACUGUCUUUGCAGAAUGCUUUGUUUUGUCACCAGACUGACCCCAUUUCAGGCCACUGAUUCGGAUUCCUAGGGUCUGGAGGUUUGGGUUUAGACACUUCAUUUCUUCUCCAACCAUGCACCUAUCAUCAAUUGGUAGUGGUUAAAUCCUAAAGGAGAGAGCACUUAGGUCUUGCUUCAGUAGAAACAAUGUUUAAAAAGGUACGUAUAGUGGACAAAACAAGUUGGAGGCAAGGAGCCUUUGUGGCAAAUGUAGCCACCUAUCCCAGCACCUGUGCCAGGAGGAGUCAGAUUGGUAACAGCCAGAACUACAAAAUAGGGAAAUAAGCAGCCUUUUUGGUGGACUCCAUCUAACACACCAAAACUGUGAGAAGUAGCCACUAUAGAUCCCAGCACAGUUUCUUACAACAGUUGUCCUCUUCAGAUUGUUCCUUUGUCUCUAGCAAUAACUAUAUACAGAGGUGAUGGUUACUUCUCUAAAAGAAUAGCAGAGUUGGUGUUUUUAGCUGUGUGCUGUAUUGCAGGUCACUUUGAAAAAAGUCUGCAUCUGCAUUGCUAAAAAUAAAUCCAUUUCUAGUUGUUCUUGAACUAUCCCAAUACAGAGAAAUACUCCAGUGCUACUGUGAGAUAAACUGGGGCAGGUCAUCUAUGAAAGAAUGCAGUAAUGACCUUGCUUAGUUGUCUCGUAGUAAAAACUAAGACUUUUUUGUCUCUCCUAGGACUUUACAGCAGGAUAAUUAGUACAUAAUGCUUCAUCCUCACUGUAUUAGAAGUUAUAUUCCCUAUAUCCACAGGGCACAUAGGAAAUAUUGAUACUGCUCUGUGAAUUUUGUAACACAACUGUCAGUGUUGUUCCAACUCCUUGUAUCCAACACGAUGGAAAAUGGAUAGCAUCAAACACACAGAGGUUCUGUCCAGAUAGGAGCUCUUCUAAGAAUGGCUAUGUUGCAUCUACUGGUCCCCUGUUUUACAAAGUCUAACUCUAAAUACUUUGUAAAGCAGUUAAUGAAAUAUCAAAGUUCAUUCUAAAGGAAGGCCAAAUCUUAACCAAUACCUGACUGUUCAGGUAGCAACAAUCUGUUUGCUCUAGUUUUCUAUUCAUGUUUUUAGUUAGAUGGCACAGUUGCAUUUGUAGGGUUGGGACCAGUGGUAUGUACAGACCAUAUGUUAUGUUUAGAAUCCUGUUAAAUGUCAUAGCCGUUAAUUUCCAGGGACAUUAACAUUUAAUUUGAUUUUAAUCAUAGUUUGGCAACCUCCACUUUCUUUCAAUACUACUGAUUUUGUAUUUGUGUUGUAUUUAAUUCAUCAUGAGAGGGAAAGAAGGCAAAAACAAGCUAUCAGGGUUUUUUGCAAUUAAUACUAAAAAUGCAAUUUAAUUUUCACAAUAAAAUGACUACUGAUUUAUCUCUUCA